GUAAAGCUUCCUUACCUCGAUGCAGUCUGCCGCGAGACGCUCCGCCUUCACGCCCCCGUCCCGAUCACCGUGCUCAGGGUUGCCAAAGACACCGCUAUCCCGCUCUCGCAGCCGAUGAGGGGUGUUGACGGUCGCGAGAUGAACGAGAUCGUGCUCAAGCGUGAUUCCGUUGUCAUCACGUAUCUGCAGGGCAGCAACGUCAACAAGGAACUGUGGGGAGAAGACGCGCUGGAGUGGAAACCAGAGCGGUGGCUAAGCCCUCUCCCAGGUGCCGUUGAUGAAGCGCGAAUCCCUGGGGUGUAUGCGCACCUAAUGACGUUCUCUGCCGGAUCUACAUCGUGCAUAGGAUUCAAGUUCUCCCAGGUCGAGAUGAAGGUUGUGUUGUCCACCCUUCUCCCCGCAUUCUCGUUUGCGCCAACGGACAAGGAGGUGGUGUGGAACUCGUCCGCGGUGCUUUAUCCUACGAUGGGCUAUGAGAAUGAGUCGCCGGAAAUGCGUCUCAUGGUAAAAAUCAUCAAGGACUAA